UAAAGAUAUAGAACAAAAUUUCGUAUCUUGUAUUGAAUGUUAAAACCAACAGCAGGAAAGUACACAACAACUUCGAUCCAAUCUUAUGUCUUUGCGUCAAAACCUAGCCGCCGCUUGAACACAACAAACCUAGUAGCAGUGGUUGAGCUCAGCCAUGAAUUAUUUUGAUAGGUUAGAUGAAGACAUCGUUCCAUUCCACUUACUUCCACGUCUGGAUGGUGAAACCUUAAUCAGGUUAUCCUGCGUCUCUCCUGAAUUCCGUCACUUGAUCAUAAACAACGAAGAUCUAAUGCGUAAGAUUUGCAUCUCCACCUGGCCUUCCUUGCUUUACGGAGAUGGGAUCGGUUGCCGAAAGGUCUCCAGAUUCCCCAGUAGUUACCGUUCCUUCUUCUGCCAAGCGUUCCCUUCCAUUGAUGAACAUCAUCCUCUUCCUCCUCCGCCCCCUUCUCCUCGUCCGGUGACAUUUUUCAUGUACAACAUGGAUAUAUUUUUACAGGGACAACGAGAACCUUGUUAUUCAGGUCUUUAUUUGGACCAAGUAGACACAACAGAAAUGGAACAAGUAGACACAACAAUGGAACGGCUUUUGGGCCCGAAGUUGUACUACGACACGAGAAGAACUUUUAAGAUACAUUGGCCUUGCGGCCUGGCCCGGGCGGAUAGAAGGAAAUUCUUCAGUGUAAAGAAAGAGAAAGAGGGCUGUGAAGAAUACUUGAAGCAAAAUAUGAGUCUUAGCUGUGUGGUUGUCGAAAUAUACAGAAGUUGUGCGGGGAGCUUGUUUCAUCCUUCUACUUGUAAACCUGUUUCGGUGAAAGAGACGAGAAUACGCUUGCCCAUAAGUGUUGAAGUUGAAGUGGUGUUUGAGACCUUCAUACCGGCGCCUGUAGGGUUUUAUACAGAGAUGGUCAAGUGUGAGGUGAAGAUCACGUGCUGCGGCUGGGAAGAAGGUGAUGAAGAGAAGUUCUAUAUGGAUACAAUUGAAUUUACAAUGGAUGAUAUGAAUGGAGAACAAUUGACACGGAAGGAUGGUAACUUAAUCAUCUCCAAUGCUAUUGAAAAUGGGGAGAGGAAGAUCAACAAACAAACUUGACAAGUAGUUCCAUAUCAGAUUCAGACUCGUAAAGCCUUGCGUGGUGACAGCGUCAUGAUGUGACCUGCGGUUUACGACUUGUAUUCACUGAUAGUCGAUCAAGCAUAGCAAAGCGAGUAGAGCUAAAAGUGCAACGAGCACAGGAAGGUAAUCUUGCAAUGGAAUUGUAGUAUUUAACCACAACAUUAUACCCUAUAACACUAAGAAUUGCAUAUAAUCGAAAAACUACAAUGCAGCUUCUCUGCUGUCAAAGAUGAGAUGUAGUCAUACGCACAGUUGACACCAAAAUUAAAAUAUAAGGUGAGCCAGACUCCGUAAUGUUUGCUAUGACUAUGAUAGACAACAGAAACUCAGUGGCAAUCAACAGAAUGAAUGCCUACUCUCAAGAAGGAACUUAUUAGUAUUGAUGAUGAUGAAGACGACAUACAAGAUAGAAUUGGGUUCAACCAGAAGGGGAUAGAUGCUAAAAAGGAAUUCGUUGAGCCAAAAGAUGAUCAAGAGAAGCAAACAGAGUCUUCAAAUGCCACAGCUAAUGAGAUAAACAACAAUGUGUCGGUUAAUAUAUUUGGACAGACUUCCAGGACUGAAACAUUUCCGUCUAAAGGCUUAGAAGCCAUGGUAUGAUAGACAACAGAAAACCAAUAGAAAUUGAGCCUGGAUUGAAUUCCAAUAUGCAUGCUCUCAUAAGCAAGGUUCCUAUUCCUAUUGACUACAACUAGUGCAGCAAAUGAUUAGGACAUGUACUCUCCUAUUACACUUGGAAUUAAGUGUUUUUAAUAAAACUGAAAAGUUCUUGAUUAAUUUUGUUGUAUAAGUUGUACAUAGAUUCAGGAAAUGAUUCCAAAAGGCAUAAAUGUUUCCUUUUCUUUUAGUUGUUUUUAAGAUGAUCAUGAAUUUGAUUACCAUGGCAUGCUUCAUUUUUAUGUCAUCUAUUAAUUAAUUCCUUGUAGAAUAGAAAGAGAUGAUGAUAUAUUUCAGGUUUUUCUUUAGCA